AUGGCCCUGAUUGAAGGGGUGGGUGAUGAGGUGACUGUCCUUUUCGCGGUGCUUGCCUGCCUUCUGGUGCUGGCUCUCGCCUGGGUCUCCACGCACACCUCGGAGAGCGCUGACCCGCUGCCCCAGCCGUCAGGGACCCCGACACCAGCGCAGCCCAGCGGAGCCAUGGUGGUCACCGACGCUGUCAGAGGGGAGGCCCCGGGAGCCGAGACCCCCAGCCUGAGGCACAGAGGUCAGGCUGCACAGCCAGAGCCUGGCACGGGGCUCCCAGCAGCCACACCCCCGCCAGACUCCCCGCAGGAGCCUCUAGUACUCCGGCUGAAGUUCCUCAACGAUUCAGAGCAGGUGGCCAGGGCCUGGCCCCACGACACCAUCGGCUCCCUGAAAAGGACCCAGUUUCCCGGCCGGGAGCAGCAGGUGCGACUCAUCUACCAAGGACAGCUGCUGGGAGACGACACCCAGACCCUGGGCAGCCUUCACCUCCCCCCCAACUGCGUUCUCCACUGCCACGUGUCCACACGGGUCGGUCCCCCACACCCCCCCUGCCCGCCGGGGUCAGAGCCAGGCCCCUCCGGGCUGGAGAUAGGCAGCCUGCUGCUCCCCCUGCUGCUCCUGCUGCUGCUGCUGCUCUGGUACUGCCAGAUCCAGUACCGGCCCUUCUUUCCCCUGACAGCCACGCUGGGGCUGGCCGGCUUCACCCUCAUCCUCAGCUUCCUGGCUUUUGCCAUGUACCGCCCGUAG